GGCGGGGUGUGAGCGUCAGGGCGGAAGCGGAAGGGGCGGGGCUCCGGGGGCUGAGUCUCAGUGCUGCCGCUGCUGCCGCCGCCGUCGCCGCCACCGCUACCAGAACCCUGGAGGGCUGGGCCCCGAGGCAAGAUGGUGGACUACAGCGUGUGGGACCACAUCGAGGUGUCUGAUGAUGAAGACGAGACGCACCCCAACAUCGACACCGCUAGCCUCUUCCGCUGGCGGCACCAGGCCCGGGUGGAGCGCAUGGAGCAGUUCCAGAAAGAGAAGGAGGAGCUGGACAGGGGCUGCCGCGAGUGCAAGCGCAAGGUGGCCGAGUGCCAGCGGAAGCUGAAGGAGCUGGAGGUGGCCGAGGGCGAGGGCGGCAAGGCCGAGCUGGAGCGGCUGAAGGCUGAGGCGCAGCAGCUGCGCAAGGAGGAGCGGAGCUGGGAGCAAAAGCUGGAGGAGAUGCGCAAGAAGGAGAAGAGCAUGCCCUGGAACGUGGACACGCUCAGCAAGGAUGGCUUCAGCAAGAGCAUGGUCAACACCAAGCCUGAGCAGGCAGAGGAGGAGUCGGAAGAGGUGAGAGAGCAGAAACACAAAACCUUCGUGGAAAAGUAUGAGAAACAGAUCAAACACUUCGGCAUGCUGCGCCGCUGGGACGACAGCCAGAAGUACCUGUCAGACAACGUCCACCUGGUAUGCGAGGAGACAGCCAACUACCUGGUCAUCUGGUGCAUUGACCUAGAGGUGGAGGAGAAAUGUGCCCUCAUGGAGCAGGUGGCUCACCAGACCAUCGUCAUGCAGUUCAUCCUGGAGCUGGCCAAGAGCCUCAAGGUGGACCCCCGUGCCUGCUUCCGGCAGUUCUUCACCAAGAUCAAGACCGCCGACCGCCAGUACAUGGAGGGCUUCAAUGAUGAGCUGGAGGCUUUCAAAGACCGCGUGCGGGGCCGUGCCAAACUGCGCAUUGAGAAGGCCAUGAAGGAAUAUGAGGAAGAGGAGCGGAAGAAGCGGCUUGGCCCCGGCGGCCUGGACCCUGUCGAGGUCUACGAGUCCCUUCCUGAGGAACUUCAGAAAUGCUUUGACGCGAAGGAUGUGCAGAUGCUCCAAGACGCCAUCAGCAAGAUGGACCCCACCGACGCGAAGUACCACAUGCAGCGCUGCAUCGACUCAGGCCUCUGGGUCCCCAACUCCAAGUCCAGCGAGGCUAAGGAGGGGGAGGAGGCGGGUACUGGGGAGCCCUUGCUGGAAGCCACCUCCAAGUCAGGCGACGAGAAGGAUGUCAGCGCAUGACCUGCCCCGGCUGCCGCAGGCCCCCGUGCGCCCCUUUUCAGAAAACAAAAAUAGAUGCCAUCUCCCCAGGUCCGGGCUUCCUCUGCUUUUGCUGCUCCCCCACCUAGCCCGGAGGGGCCCCCUAUGCCCCUUCCAUCGCCCCCCUCUUCCCCAGCCCUCAUCCAAGUCUUUGCUUUGAGUCAAAGGGGCUUCACUGCCUGCAGCCCCCCAUCAGCAUUAAGCCAAAGGCCCGGGGAUCCAGGGAGGGGCAGAGGUUGCCAGGUUGGUCCAUGGGCUGGGGGUGGCUCCCCAGCCAAGGGGCCUGCUCCAGUCACUGUGGGCUCUGUUUUCACUGUUUGCCCGCGUCAAGUCUUCUAUAUGGUAAACAACAAUUAUCUUCCAAUAAAGGAUUUCAGCUGCUCUGUGGAGCAUCACGAGG